AUGUUUGACACAACCAAACCUCAUCCGCUCCUGGCGCAGGUGCCCUUGACUGUCUCACCGUUCCUGUCCAUCCCUACCGCUGUAACUCUGCCGUAUACAUUUCGCUCCGUGCCCACUUCUUUGCCUCCUUCCAUUGUCCCAGAUAAUGGUCCAGAAAAGCCGAAAUAUGUGGUCGCUUCCUCGGGACAUUCUGCACACCCUGACGAUAUCAUAGCCUCGUGCAAAGCGCUGCAAGACCAUCUGAGGAAAACCGCUGAAGCUGCUGAGAAAGCUAUUAGAGAGUGGGAGGAGGACAUCAAAGCCCGUGAUCUGGCAGAGAAGCGGAGGGUAGCACCGGGGUGGUUAGACCGAGAAGAGAAGAUAUUAGAACCUACCAAAGCGACCAACGACCGUGGCCCUGGACACGACCUGUUGGAUGGACAGUCAGAGACUGUGAUAUCUGCACCAGCAAUGUCACCUAGCCGGGAAGGCGAAGAACUUGACCGAGCAUUCGGUAAUUUGGGGGUGAAGUGA